AGGAAGCGGGACGAUGUGGAGCUGGUCCGACCUGGGCUCCGUGCUGGGCCCGCUGCUCAGGCUCUACAUGUGCGGCAUCAAGGUGCUGCUGUACCAGGCCUUCAACAGGUCCUUCACCCUGCCAGGUUCUUGGUAAGGAACGCCGCCCCCACCGCCAUGGAGGGUAAGGGUUCAGGACCUUCUUGCGCCGGCCUCAAUCUGGUGGCGCACCCCCGCGCCAAAAGCAAAGUGUGGAAGUACUUUGGCUUCGACACGGACGCCGACGGCUGCAUUUUGCACUGGAAGCGGAUCUACUGCCGCGUGUGCAUGAGCCAGAUCGCGUACUCCGGGAACACGUCCAACCUGUCCUACCACCUGGAGAAGAACCACCCCGUGGAGUUCGGCGAGCUGGUGAAGAGCAACACGGACCAGAUGCGCGAGGUGUUCGCCACCACGUUCUGCAGGAUCAAGACGGAACCCGCCGGGCCGCCGCAGCAGCUGCUGCCGGAGUCCAACUCCAGGCCGGGUCUAGAGUAUGAGAACAGGCGGCACAACGACCUGACGGUCGCCGUCAUCAACUUUAUCUGCGAGGGCCUAUAUCCUGUAUCGAUAGUGGAAGAACCCACCUUCAAGAGCCUGAUGAGUACUGUGGACCCGGGGUACUGCCCCCCCAGCAAGAGCGAGCUGGCCUUGAAAAUGGUCCCCCAGGUGUACUGUCGCACCAGGGACGUGGUUUUCGGGGAGCUGGCGGGGGUUUCGAACUGCGGCGUCACCACCGAUCUGUGGCAGAGCCAGACCCAGAGCAGGACCUACAUCUCGCUCUCCCUCCACUCCAUCAACCACAGCGCCGCCGCCGGCUUCUCCCUGACCAACCGCUGUCUGAAGACCUUCGAAGUGCAGGAGGAGAACACCGCGGAGAACAUCACCAGGGCCAUGUACGAGGCCUUCGUGGAGUGGGGCAUCACCCACAAGGUCAGCGGCGCCACCACCAGCGGGUCGGAGGACAUCGUCAAGGCCUGCUCGCUGCUGGAGCUCUCGGUCCAGAUGCCUUGUCUGGGACACAGCAUCAACCGCGCCGUGGGCGAGGCCUUCCGGCUGCCCAGGGUGGACUCCUUCCUGGGCUGCUGCCGCAGGCUGGUGGACCACUUCCUGGAGACGGCGGCGUACAUCCUGCGGGAGAAGCAGAAGCAGUACGGCCUGAGUCCCGGCUCCCUGAUCAGCGACCGGGGCCGGUCCUGGCUGCUCACGCUGGCCAUGCUCCAGAGACUCAAAGAGCAGCAGGCCGCCAUCACCGCCACGCUCCUGGAGAGUCCCAGCAGCCAGCGCUUCGGCCUGGACGGGCCCGACUGGGCCCUGCUGGACGGUCUGACAGAGGUCCUGAAGCCCUUCAAGGCCGUGGUGACCAUGAUGAGCUCCUGCAGGUAUCCCACCAUCAGCAUGGUGAAGCCGGUGCUCCACAUGCUCCUCAGCACCGCCCUGAAGGUCAGGGACCACGACCUGAAAGAGGUCAGCAUGGCCAAGGAGGUCAUCUCCAAGGUCCUGUUCAGCGCCUACUCCCAGGACUCCCAGCUGUCGCAGGACAUCUCUGCCUUCCUCAACAUCGCCACCUUCCUGGACCCGCGCUACAAGAAGCUCCCCUUCCUGUCCGCUCAGGAACGCUCCAAGGUGGAGAGCGCCGUCAUCGAGGAGACCAAAGCCGUCCUGGAGAAGCAGAUCUCGGAGCGCUCCUGUCUGGACGAGUUCUCGGCGACGUCCGACGAGCCCCUCAGCAAGAAGCAGGCGCUGCAGAGAGAAGGUUCCGUCAGCGGCGCCCAGGAGAACCCUCUGGCCGCCAUCUUCUGCCAGUCGGACGCAGACCAGGGCCAGGAGGAGCUGCACGCCCAGGUGGUGGAGGAGCUGAGCAACUACAAAUCCCAGAGGGUUCUGGGUCUGAACGAGGACCCCCUGCUGUGGUGGUCCAGCCACACGCCCCUGUUCCCCACCUUCUCCAAGGUUCUGCAGAAGUACUGGUGCAUCCCCGCCACCAGCGCUCCCUGUCACAGGCUGUUCAGCUCCUCGGGCGCCGCCGUGUGCGGGAAGAGGAACCGGAUCGCCCCGGCCCUGGUGGACCAGCAGGUCUUCCUGUACGAGAACCUACGCAGUUACUAUGAACCAGAGCCCUGCGGGGACGAGGCGGACGGGCUCGGUCCGUUUCCUCCUCCGGACUAACGAGUGUUCUACUGACCUCACCUCACAGGAAUCAGACUGAGUAUCGGCUUCGGUAUCUGUACAAAUGAUUCUGUUUUCAAAUCAGGGUCUGACUAAUCACUCAGUCCAGAUAAAACCUGAACAUCUCCACAUGCCAGCAGUCUACUUCCUGUCACCGUCUCCACGGUAACAGAGAGAGACAUGCGUGCUCUCCAGAGCCCGCCCCCGCUGGAUGACUUUGAUGCUAAUGCUACCUUGCUAGCCGACUGUAAAUUAGCAUUAGUUUUGGCUCCGGCUCUG